AUGCCCCAAGAAUCCAGCUCCCGGCCGACUCCGCGCCAGGCCCGCAGAACCGCGCGGUUGAGGCUCGCUUGCUCUCGGUGCCAGAGGCGGAAGAUCCGUAUUUCGAACUUGAUAGAGAGAGUUAAAUGGCUUGAAAAUAUUGUCAAGGAAAGGUGUCCCGACAUCAACCUGAGCCUAGGCCCGUCUGGAGACUUUGACAUGGACAUCGAUGGUGACGAAACCUUCACAGGUGACUCAAUGAAUAGAGUCAAUAGCGCAUCACCUGAGGAUAGCCUCAACCUCACAGACAGUCACAUUGUCCAGGCACAGCCGGCCCAAUCUUUGGAGCCAGUUCAAGCCACUCAGACCGUUCGCUCAGGAUCCCGUCUAGUCGAGCCCAUUGCUAGCAGUGCGUUGUCACAUGAGAUCGGGAUGGUGUCGUUGGGCAGUAGCCAAGACCCGAAGUAUAUCGGGCCAUCGAGCGGAUAUUUCCUCGCCCGACUGAUGUUGACUUCGAACCGACAGGAUGACCAGGCGUGGCCAUUGAGGACAGCAGGGUCGACUCCAUCCAUACCAACCGCUCUGGUUGAGGCGAUGCAUGGCCCGAUGUCAAUGCCAAGCAGACAUCAUGCAAAACUGUUGGCGGAAAACUACUUCGACGUUAUCAACUGCCAAUUCCCCGUUUUGCACCAACCUAGCUUCGUGGCUUUGAUGGAUCAGAUGUACGAGAGCGGAAUUGACAUGGAAUCCACACCCGCAGCAGCCUUUCAAGUAUACAUGGUCCUCGCUCUUGGUUCCAACAUGCGUCUCAACGUUUGGUAUUUGAACUACCAGUGCAUCGCUGCUGUCCUUGACUUGGGCCUGCAGCGCGACAUCAACACUAAUGCAGGCAUUUCCCUUCUUGAACAGGAGAUGAGAACCAGGAUAUUCUGGGUAGUUUUCACGCUGGAUAGAAUGAUCGCAACUAUGAUGGGACGCCCGAUUGGGCUGCGGGAUGAGGCAUGCGAUCUCCGGCUUCCACAGCGUCUUGAAGAUGCCUUCCUGCAGGGAUCACUCCAGUCAUCAGCCCAUCAAUCCUCAGGUCGUUUGGCUUUCUCGAUACAUCUGUUCCGCCUGGCGAAGCUCAACUCAGAGUUCAAAUACGUGGCGAACAGCAUUGUUCGCGACACACCACGUUACGCCUACCCAGCGGUAAUCGAUAUAAAUGAGUGGCAACAAGGAAUCCUUGAACGGCUAGACGAAUGGUACAGCCAUAUUCCCAACAACCCGGACUCCGACUACAUCCGCACCAUCUGUCAGAUCAGCUGUCAUAGUCUGCGAAUGCUUGUUCUCCGGCCCAGCCCCGCCAUCCCGAAUCCGUCACCCGAGACCCUCAAGAAAUGCUUUAGUGCCGCCCGUGAGGCUAUACAUCUCUUUGAUCACCUCUACAAGAAGAACUUGCUUAUACAUACGUGGAAUACCUGUCACUCCGCAGUCCUUAGCAUCAUCACCAUGCUCUACUGCCUGAAGAUGGUACCAGAAAUAGCGAGACAGACGGCUUUGGAUGCCCUCAUGUCUGAUUUCAGCGCCGGCUUAGGAGUCCUGGCUGCGACGGGCGAGCACUGGUCUGGAGCAAAACGUUGUCGCGACAUCUUGGACGAAAUGAUUCGGGCGACUGUCCGAUGGGUGAAGGACAUUGUGAGCCAACCCUCGGAUGUUGAACCCCACACUCAACGUCGGUCUCUGCGACUGGAUUCGGCACAUGCGCAGACAAUGAGUCCAUACAACGAUAGUGCCAGCCUUGCUGGCACAGAACCACCGAGACUUGCCUUCCUAGAGGGCUUGACCCAAUCAAUAUCAAUGAGCUCUGUAACUGCAAGUGGCUCGGAAAGUUUCCUUCAUCAAGAUCCGUUCGAGUCAUUCCUCGCAAACACUACAUUCGGCGAUCAGAUGCAAACAGGCGACAACACAAAUCUGGACAGCAUCAUGCGAGGCCUGUUUGAUGACUUCAUACCAACGUACCCGAGCUUCGCUUAA